GCUGAGAGUUAAUUUUUAUCUAUUAUUAUAUUUAGAGUUUUCAGUUGAACAAAAAUGGCUCCAAAGAGAAUUUUUUAUUUAUUUAAAAUAUUUCUAGUGUAUUUUAGUUUGAAUUUUGGAAGUGUCAAUGUUGGAGCCACAGAUGCCAAUGAAGGGGAUGCUGAAGCUGCAGUGAAGUGUGAUGCGUGUAUGCUGAUUGCAACCAAGUUUAGCAAAUCAUUUUCUGCUGCUGAGGAACGCAUCAGGAGUGUACGACUCUCAGACCAACAGUCAAUGGAAGCAACAGAAAGUGUUUGUGACAGUCAGUGGGUGAACUACAGCACUGUCAUGGUUGAUGGUGCCAUGAGACUUGCAGGCCCUGAUACUGGGCGGGAGGCGAGUGUGUUGGAUGGAGGAGACAAUGUGUGGUCCCACCGCCUGCAGGAUCUCUGUGAUGAGCUCCUGGCCGAGGUCACCAGUGAGCGGAUGCUAUACGAGGCCUGGGCAUCUGGUGGUGAGGAUGCCCUCGAACAUACGCUCUGCAGGGGCGUGGGUACCUUCAGUGCCUGCUCUUCUGACAACUUUGGCCCUUGGCCAGGCGAUGACGACUACGAUGAUUAUGAUGAGAAUGACGAUUUUGAUUAUGUUCACGAUGAGUUUUGAACAAACAUUGGUUACAAGGAUGCCAAUGUAUUUUUUUUUUCUAAUACAGCAUUCUAGCGUUGAUUGACUGCAAAAUAUGCACUUGUGAGUUGCAUCUUGCUGCUCGUGAUUUUAUCUGAGCCUCCUCAAAAGAGCUGUACAAAGAUUCGUUGAUCUGCUUGAUCAAAGACGCUAUUAUUAUUUUUUUGUUGUUGAAAAUCUGUGUACAAGCUGAUCUUCAGGUUGCUUUGAUUUACUCCUGGCAUUUGAUCAUGCAUUUAACCUUCAUUUUAUAAGUUAAUAGUGAAACUAUCAUUUGACAAUUUAGUAGUCAUAACUCGUAUGUCAAUAGUAAUUCCGACUCUGUGCCAUCUGUCCUACUGUGUACUUUAAAUAUGAAAAUAAUGCAUCUGUCUUCUGUUGCGGAUGACAAUUACGAGGGUCAUCUGUAAAGUAGUACCCGUUUGGUAAUUGAACAAAAGUAAGUAAAUAUUAAC